GAAGAGCGCGUGCGCGGAGAGGACGGCGUGAGCGCGCUCAGAGCGGCGAAUCAGUCCGGAUCACAUGAACCUGCUUUACAGAUCGCUGCUCUGAAAUGAAGUCUACAGCCGUGGACGAUUCUCUGUUCACAGCCAGUUACUGCAGAGUCUGCAGCGCUCAGCUCAUCUCCCAUUCUCAGAGAGUAGCUCACUACAAGAGUCGAAAACAUGCGAAUAAAGUGCGUCUGUACUACAUGCUUCAUCCAGUGGACGGAGGCUGUCCUGCCAAGAAACUCCGCACAGAUAAUGGAAGCGAGGAUGGAGAUGUGGAUAAGAAUAAGUGCUGCACGCUGUGUAACAUGUCCUUCACCUCUGCCGUGGUGGCACAGUCUCACUAUCAGGGCAAAAUCCAUGCUAAGAGGCUAAAGCUACUGCUGGGGGAAACAACCUCCAUCGCAACCACAGACUCACCAGGUCGGCCAGAGCAGGUGGUGACUGAUGUGUCCAUGGUCAGCCCUCUAACACAGACGCCGCUAUCCCUGCAGUUCUGCCUGAUGUGUAAGGCCUGCUUCAACAACCCCGGCAUGGCGCAGCAGCACUACAGUGGCAAGAAGCACAAAAAGAACACAGCACAAGCAUUCCUGCUGGCACAGCUCGGAGAAACGCUGGACACACAGCACACUAACGUGCUGAAGCAGAACCGGAUGUGUGAGGUGUGCAGUGUAACUCUGAACUCUGUGGCUCAAUACCACGCUCACCUACAGGGGUCCAAACACCAGAACAAUUUAAAAAACAAGUGAAGAUUAAGUUCAUGCUGGAGUGCAGAAGGAGUGUUCUCCUACAAAUGCUGAUGAAACCUCAAGGAGACCUUGGCGAGUGCAAACGCACCCACAGUGAUCAUAACUGCAUAAUGAUGAGCUGAAAUCUGCAAUUUGUUAUAUAUUUUAGCUGUUCUUGACUCAUUUGUAUAGAUAUAAAUGAAACAUUUUAAAAAGGUUCUGAAUGUCAAAUUGGUAAUUCUGUACAUGUGAACAGAUGAAGAGCCGUUUUAAUCACUUUAAUCAGUUUUAAUUUAUAUAUAUAUUUCAGUGUAUUCAUGUGGUUCUGACUCAAAUGGUCUGACAUGAUUUUAUGUCUGAAACCUUUAAAAUAAAAUCCACGUUGCAAAACAAGGCAACAUUAAA